AUGAAGAGAAAGGUUGAUGAAGAGCUGGAUAUUGAUGUAAGCUCCACUGACGAAUCUGAUCAGGAAGUCGAUCAAGGUGAAGAGGAAACUGUCGAUGUUGACUUCGAUUUCUUCAACCUUAACCCAGAUGUCGAUUUCCAUGCCACCAAGAUGUUAUUGCGUCAGCUCUUCGGUGAUGAUGGAAGUAUGUUUGAUGUCCUGGGCCUCGCUGAUGUCAUCCUUGUCAAAGAUGCCAUUGGUACCACCAUCAAAACUGAUGGUAAAGAGCUGGACCCCUUUGCGAUGAUUCUGGUUAUUGACGCACAACAACUGCAACCUUGUGUCAAACAGGUAAUGGAUUACUUGGUGGAAAAGACGCAAAAGCACACUGAGUUCAACAUGUUUUUGCGCAAAUUGCUUGCCAAGGACUCGAAGAAGAGAGUCGCUUGGAUCUUUAGCGAAAGAUUGAUCAACAUGCCGGUCGAGGUCACACCUCCAUUAUAUAAAAUGUUGCUCGAGGAGAUGGCCGAACACGACCUCAAGUUUGACUACUUCGUCAUUGUUUCCAAGAUCUACUACGUCGUGGCUGCUCAAAUUCCCGACGAGAAUAAGCUGAAAAAGCAAAAGGCCCAAAUCAUCGAAAAUGAAACUGAUUACUUCCACUACGAAGACAUGGUGUUAGAGAAGCAUGCUAAGUAUAACAUUUACCUGGACUACACUAAUCAUAAACAGGAAACCGACUCGCGUCGUGUCUUCAGUGAACACGGUAUUGAUCCCAAGUUGUCGGUCAUGUUGUUGGACGCUGCGUCUUUGGAGAAUGCAGUGCCGGAAAUGGCGGAACAAUUUCCACCCUUUUAA